AAGGGCGCGCGAUACUUGGGACUCCUCGACCAGGCUCUCUGUGCUGCUCACUGGAGCGAAGUGCCCGAGCUGGCUCGUAAGGUAGAGAAGCAUGCACCGGAGAGGAAGUGUACGUCUCUCACAGCUUUUACACUCGCCGCUCGAUCGCAAUGCCAGAUCGCAAAUGCCAGCCACCGACCGACCUCCGCCGCAUCCAACGCCACAUCCAGUCUACACAGCCUCGGUGAGCUCGUCCCUCGACUACUCGAAUCGACCACCGCGGCCUCCGCAAAGAGCUAUCCCGAUGAUGCCUUUGUGGCCAGCAUAUGCCUGGCGGAGAUAUACUGGGUGCAAGAGUCGCCGAUCGAUGCGUUGAAAGUGUUAGAGGGAGCAACACCAUCUGGACAGUCGGAGAAGAGCGCAGCAGCUCCACUGGGAUGGCUGGAGGUCUGCACGGUCAAAGCGGCGUAUAUACGCGCAGUGUGUCUAGAAUCUACCGGACGACACAGCGAUGCUCGAGGGUGCUACCAGACUGCGGUCAUACAGACGCCUGGUCAUCGCAGUGCGGAGCUAAGAAGAUGGACAGAACGACUGCUCGCGAGUGCUUGCAUGUACAGUGUCAAGAAAAUGCCGUCGCCUUCUGCGCAAGACUUCAGUGAGACUUAUACCGCGUUCAAGGCAUGGGCAGCCUUCUGGGACAGGGCUGGGGAAACAAACUCGGCUGGAACAUCGAAUGUGGACGUCCCUCGAAGGCAGGUCUGGAAGGCAUACUAUGAUCUACUUUCGACGAUUCUACAACACGGUCUCCUCUACAAUACCACACCCCAGGCAAAUGAUGAUCUGUUCGUGAUUGCUGGGCCGGACUACUCAAGAGAAAAGUACAGUGCGUCGAAACGAGCCCAGAGGAAGGAGAUCAAAGAAGUCGAGCGGACGUAUGAAACUCUUCUGAUCAAGGAGACACAAUUUCCGAAAGCCAGUCAGAGUAACACUGAAGUCGAAGAAUGGGCAGAGCAAGUCGUGACGAACUGGAGAGCAUUCUCCAGCGGUGAGUGGACAGACUCAGAUCUGGAAGAGGGAGGCAAGAACGCUGUUUCUCGAAUCGUGCUGGACAUCCUCUAUCGCGCGGCUACGAAGACAUUUCACUCGACACCCAUCUUGCGACAUCUAUUCACUAUCCAUACUGCUUUGGGGGAAUUUGACCUCGCCAUGCAUGCUUUCAACAGCUAUAUGGAAAUCACCGACAAGGGCAAAGCACGUGAGGAGAAGACUGGAAGGCGCUCGAUUGGGCUUGACGAUGACGAUGAGGCAGUGCUUACCGUUGCAGAGGCUGUCCGGGUGCUCUGUCGAUAUGGUGAUCGAGAGCAGGCCGAAAAAGCACUUGAGACUACUGGGGCUCUGCAGAAAUGGCUGGAUCAGAAACGGCCGAUCACGGCGGACAGGAUGUUGACAAACGGUGGUGAUCACGAAUCUGAGCGCCCUGCCAGCCAGUCCUCGGCAUCGGCGCUGAAGUCGACAAGUCUUGCAGCUGCAUACCGGGCCAUGGGCAUCAGUCAAGCACACUGGGCCAGCCUGACAUUUGAGUCUAGCGACAGACCCGGCCUGCUUGAGCAAGCGGCGAGCAACCUCCGACGAGCGCAGAGAUAUGAUGAGGACAGUGUUGAGACGGCCUAUUCGCUAGCUCUGGUUCUGGCGAGACAGAGGGAUGUCUCGGCGGCCAUCGAGGUGGUUCGAUCGGUAAUUGAGUCAAGGGACAGGCCAGACAUCGUACGCGAAGACGCAGGCUCCCCGUCACCACACGAUCGCAAGCGCAAAUUGAUACCACUGUGGCAUCUGCUGGCGCUGUGCCUUACCGCCGACGAUGAAUUCGAAGCGGCUGUGCAGAUGUGUCAGGCCGCGUUCAAACAGUUUGGAAAUCCUCUUGUGCUGUUCGGCCAACCGAUGGAGAUUAUGCUGAGAGAUCCCGAGAGAGCGAUCCCGUCGGACUCCGGUGCGAGAGGGCUUGUCGAUCAGAUGGAGGGCUUCGAAAAGGAGGGCAUUCUCCAAAUCAAGAUGACUGAGAUUGCGCUGCUCGAACUCACAGAAGGACCCGAGGCGGCGGUGGACAUGACAGAUGAGCUACUCAGUGUCUAUUCACGACUCUUCGGCAGUCCUGGACUGCCCACCACGAGCCAGAAAUCAGAACCUGCUGUGCCGACGACUAACUCAAGACUCGGCGGUACAUUACGAAGUAUAGCGGGAAGCAUCAGGCCGAGGUCUUCAAGGUCAGUGCGCAGUGAAAAGGGAACGUCUAGGAGACUUUCGCUUGCAUCUGCCGACAACACCACGUUCCUGCCGCCCCUACCGGCGGCGUCCUCGAAUAACAACACGCAAGAUCUGAGCUCGCCGAUCGCAAUCACUGUCACGAAUGGCGACAACGCGGACACAGAAAAGCCUCGGGGCCGCCAUGCACAUCAUCCACACCUACCGCAUCUACCUUUCCAUGGUCGGAAACAUGGAGACGCAAGUCGUUCUCGAACACGAGAUGAGAGUCUCACAGUCAGCGAUCAGGAUCCGAUAUCUUCGAACGGAAACACCACAUUGCCACAAUCACAGACAGCAGACAUGUCGAACGCUCAGCAGCAUCUCGGAGCAAUCCCUCACAACGAAGCUCACACAAAUCUACCUCCGCCUCCCGGACACGAUAAUCAACCUCCUCGUCAAGAUGUUCGACUUCCUGCACCUCAUCCAGCAUCUGCAUCCACGAUCCCAGAGCCACAUCUUUCCCCUUAUUACGAACGACGACAGAAUAUUGGAGUUUUGGUCAAGACUUGGCUGUUCAUCGCAGAAUUGUAUAUCCGUGCCGAGACGUACGACGAUGCGCAAAGUGCGGUCUCAAAUGCGGCGAGAUUUGCUGAGGCGUUGGAAGCGGGUCUUGCAGGGGAGGAUGGCGGCACGAGUGCGAUGAAGCUGUGUUUGAAAGGCUGGGGCGGUGGACAGAGUAUCGACGACUUGCUGGCUGAUGUUUGGGCGGCUAAAGCUCAGCUCUCUCUCGCCCUCUCUAAACCAUUCGCCGCCCUUUCUCACUACGAACAAGCCGUCUCCCUCUCGCCCGACCAUCCGGUGGCCAUCAUCGGUCUAUCGAACCUUCUCCUCGACAUUUUUGAAGAGACCCUCCCUGCCGAAGAACCCAUGCCGAGCACCAGGCCUCUGCUAAUAGCUUCCAAUCCACUAAUCCGCGAAGCACGCCCUACUCUUCCAAGACCCACGAGCUCCUCCAGUGGCCCCUCUCGUCGACCAAGUCUCGGCGGCACUCCCUCUUUCCUCGACCAGAAACCCCGCCCUGUUAUCGAGGACGAUAGCGAGGAAGCCACCACCACUACCGGUCGAAGAGCAAGACCGGAUCCCACGCCAGCAGAACUCAAUCGACUUGCAGCGAGGGAUAGAGCGUACAUGCUCCUCUCGAAUUUGACAAAGUUGGGCACCGGCUGGGACGACUCGGAAGCGUGGAUGGCGUUUGCCAGGGCUUGUGAGUUGAGUGGCGAGGUGAAGAGGGCGAGACAGGCGCUUUGGUGGGUUGUUGAGUUGGAGGAGAAGAGAGGUGCCAGAGGAUGGGAGGUUGUGGGAGCGGGAGGAUAUACCCUGUGA